AUGGUGGAGAAAGACCUGCUCGUCAUCCAUGGCGGUGAGAAUGAUGACGUCGCCAUGUCGGACACGUGGGCAGGUAAAAUAUCAGAGGAGGCAGUGAGUUGGACCAGGAUCGCCAAGAGCAGAGAGCUUCAUGCCAGGCAGGGGCAUGUAGCAGCUGCUCAUGAGGGGAAAUGCUUCAUUUUUGGCGGCGUCGACAUGAUGAAAACCUUUGACGAGCUGCACGUUCUUGACCUACGCAGCUCCGAGGAGUGGAUGACCCCGAGGACUUCUGGAAGGCGCCCGACGGCAAGGGGGAACCAUGGGCUAGCUGUGCGUGAGGACAUGCUGUAUGUCUAUGGGGGUUUCGACGGAAUCCAACACUUGAACGACAUGUACAUGCUCGACCUUCGAUCUAUGACAUGGCAGCUCCUCCUCCCUCAUGCUGCUGAUCGACAGCCAUAUCCCUUGUCGCAGCACGUCCUGCUGCCAUGGGAUGACAAGCUGAUCAGCUUUGGCGGGAUGUCCUCAGCCAAUCAUGAGAGCGACGCCCCUGUCAGCGCCAUCGACUUCUUCUCGUGCAGUGAUCACUCUCCCUCCAUCUUGGUGGUCGGUGGCUGGACUGCUGAUCAUCCGCACCCCGAGAUAGCGAGCGAGGCCUUCUGGUACUCGUUGGAGGACAAGUCAUUGACAUCGAGCACGUGGAGCAAGGGGACGGACAAGGAAGUUUUCAGCCGCGUCGGGAUGUCUCUGAACUCAUUUGGCAGAGGAAGGGAAGAUGAAUGCUUCAUGUUUGGGGGAUGGGACGGGUUCUUCAACCGCUACAAUGAUUUGUAUCGUGUCAACAGAGAAUGA